AUGACCCGCAACCGUGUUGAUAAAGACACGCGCGUAGUGGGCGACGACGUCGUAGACCAUUACGCCCUUCGCGCUACCGUGCCCGACACGCUGCUCAUAGCGGAGGCGACCUACAUCGCUCCUAAGGGCGCCGCUUUCCAGGCAUAUGGUCGUCUGAGCAGAUCCAGGCAUGGAAGAAGGCGAGCUCGCCCGUUGACAUAUUCGAUUCUGGGUAUUAGACCGCGAAGCAAACCCAGAGCGCCUAGCCGCGAUGAACCCACCAUCCCCGCAUCAGGGAUACCCAUAGAAGGGCGAAGCCGCGCUCCACGCGCUCUCACACGUGAAGAAAUCCAGGACUACGUCCGCCUCCACUCCACCGCCACCAAGCUAGCCAUCAACGAAGCGGGCUUCGACGGGAUUGAAGUCAACGCCGGGGCCGGAUAUCUGCUUGACGAGUUUCAGAAGGAGUUCUCGAAUACGCGCACGGGCGAGUACGGGGGGACGCCUGAGAACCGUGUGCGUUUCACGCUUGAGGUCUACGAUGCUAUGGCGCGCGAGGUAGGUACCGAUCGCCUCGGAAUCAAGCUCGUGCCUUGGAAUACUGUCCGGGGAAAGGGUUGCGAGAACGAGGAUCCCGUCCUGACGUUCUCAUACCUCGUGUCCGAGCUACGUCGGCGCCAUCCCGACUUCGCAUAUCUGCACGCCGUCGAGCCCCGACUCGGUCCGACCUGGAAUGGGCGCCCUGUGAAGAGCAACGAGUCCAACGACUUCCUACGCGAGAGCUGGAAAGGCAAGCCGUAUAUCACCGACAGUGGCUACACGCGCGAGACCGCCAUCGCAUAG